AUGUACGAAGGGAUUGACAACCUGAGAUCCCUUUACGACCGUGCCGGGAAGACUUUCUCCGGCGGUCCUUCUGCGGCACAGGAUGUGCCGCGCCGUACUGCACAACCAGACCCAGUACGUCGAUCAUCAGUUGGGAGCGGGGCUCCCAAGAAUACCAGGACGGGGGAUAGCCGCGCCACCGGACGAGAUAAUUCGUCCGACGUCCGUUCACGUCGCGGUGGUUCAACAGCCGCUCAACUAGAUAGCGCUGGCCACCGCGAGAGUCCUCUAAUAGAGGUGGAGGAGGAGGGAAGACGCUCUCCAAACUAUCGUGGGGAAGCGUGUAUCCCUGAGAGCCUCUUUGAUCGCGUAACGCAAGCUAUACGCGGCGAUCUCGAACAUGAGCGGGACAGGCGUCUCCAACUGGAGGACACUGUCUUGAAGCAUCGAGCUGAGUUUGCCUUUGCUCAGCUUGAGAUUGAGAGAGCUCUGACAUCUCUGCACCUUGUCGAUGCCCACCAUCGGGAGCACAAGGCUUGCUGCGAGAUGCUUGAGCGCAAGGGCUUUCUUCAUCGGAAGAAACAGCGUACUGAUGGUACGGCUUAA